GUGGGCUGAUCGAACAGUCUUUUGUCGGAAGUGAUGGGCACCAGAACGUGUAUUAAUUUCCUACUGCUGCUUGGCACUUUGAGCUUGGUAGCCACUUCAGAUAUUAACAAACGAAUCCUGGAAAGCAUUCCAAACAAAGUCAACAACACCGUCGAUCCCUGCGUGGACUUCUUCCAGUACGUCGGUGGAAACAAUCCGAAGCCAUAUGAAACAAGUUACACAAAUCAAAUAGGUGAAAUCAGAGAAAAGGUUAACCAGAGGUUAGUUCCGAUUUUUGAAGACCUGGGUCAAAGAAAAUUCAUCGAUAAGCUGGGCGUGGAGGAGAAAGUCUGGCGUUUCUAUAAAAGUUGCGUAAGAACCAUAAAUGCCACUGGAUCGGAACGCGCUUAUCUGGACCUGGUGCCUCCGUCAAAGGACGUCAACUGGCCCCAGUUUGCCUCCAGUCGUAGUGAGUGGCAGAGUAAAAAGAUAAGCUUAAUGACCACUUUAGCAAAUUUGCGAAACUACGCCGUGAAUGACAUAUUUUUUAAUACCAUGAUAUACACUGAUUUCUAUGAUUCUAAACGCAUAUUGGUAUCUAUUUCCGCGCCCGAAAACCGACCAAAAAGAGCCAUAUUUCAAAGUGAGUCUGCGCUGAAUGAAAUUCUCAUCCGACUAGAUGUUUCUCUCCUAAGAGCUACUUACCUUGCCAAAGCCAUUGGCCAACUGAAUAAUGAAAUUCUUCAGUUGACACAAGACUUAGAAUUCUUUCCAUCAAUCUAUACUGUGGAAGAAAUGGAAGCUGAAGAAAAUGGAGGGCUGAGAUGGAGAAGAUUUCUGAAGACGUACAUUAAGAAAGAAAUUGACCUCGACUUCCAGCUACAGGUCUUUGACAUUGAGUACUUCAAGCGCUUGGGUCCUCUUCUGGAAAAGUACGAAAGCGAGGUUGUAUUCUCAUACAUUAUGGUUCGCUUUGUCGAUUUCGUGACAAGUGCCGGGUAUUAUCCCACCGGGGACAACACCUACGAUUGCAUCAACGUCGUGGGAUACCAAAUGCAGUAUGCCACCAAGUUAUUGUACGAGAAUCGCUACUUAGGCGAUGGAGAACUCCAGAAAUAUGAGUCAGAAGUACAACGAAUUUUUGAGGCGAUUGGAAUCAAGCUUUUAAAGAAACUAAACGAGAACCACUUCCAAUUGAACGAUACGCAGAUUGAAGCUCUACGGACCAAGUUGAUAGCAAUGGAAUUGAACAUGAACAAUAUGCCAUCUAUUGCGGAUCACCGUAACUUUGUUCACUUUUUCUACCAAAAUCUGGAGCUGACUGGCGAGGAAGACUAUCCGGAUGCUCAGUUGAAAGUCCUGAAGUCAUUUGCAUCGAGGGAACUUAGUUUAUUGAAGGAGCGGAUACCUAUAGCUACUGGUUACUUAACGAUGCAAUCGUUCCAAUCGGACUACAACCCAACAACCAUCUUAGAUUAUAUGAACAUGUUGACGGUUGAUUUUGCAGUACUUCAGGAACCAUAUUUCGCCCACAACAGCCACGAUAUCUUUAAAGUCAGUUUCCUAGGCGUUAUGAUGGCCAUUGAGAUUAUUUCUAAUUUCCUCCCACCUGGAAUAUCUUUUGAUGCGAAAGGCAUCGGUAAUAAUUUGUUUGAUAAUUUUUACGAAAAUCAGCAUUAUCUUGAUGCUGUGGAAUGCGUUAAUAAAGCCCAGCCGGAAUAUUUAUCUCUACACUUAGACAAUAUCGCAGGAGUACAGCUCGCCUAUGACACCUAUUUCGACUCGGAUUCGGUAUUCAACCAGACGCAGCCGGAUUUUACUUCAAUUCCCCUGAAGCAGCUGUUCUUCCAGAACUGCGCCCAAAUCUUUCUUAAAAAUUAUGUACCAAGCAUUACAAAAUUUGGAAAGCUUGGGGAAAAGACACUGAAAAGUAUCUUUACGAAUUUAAAAGGAUUUUCGGAGGCGUUCCAAUGCCCCAAGUCGGAGGAUGGCAUGAAUCCACCUGUCAAAUGUAAAUUAUUUGAAUCGUAACUGUAGACAUGUUUUUAAACAUAUUCUAUCUAUUUGAAUAUCUUAUUGUAAUAUUAUGAAAAUAAAAUUUUGCAUUUACUAUUUUGUA